ACAUAUCGAUAAUAUCUUUUGCAACGUUGCGUGUUACAGCCACAGUUUAAAUUAAUUUCGGCUCUUGCGUAGAUUUUACGCCGUAUUACAUAUAAAAUAUAUGUAAAUUAAUUAUCUGUGUUUUAAUCAAACGCCUACGGCUAUUUCUACCCAUUGUUACGGUAAAUAGUUCGUGUGCAACGCUUAACGUACCAACUAACAAAAUAAAAUUAACCAACCAAACCGACAGACAAAGCUACGCUACGGUCGUUACUGACAAAGUGCGCUGUGGAACGGCCAAUGCAGAAAUUUGUCAUACGCGAGUAUUUUUUUUUCGCGUUCAGUUUAGGUUUUAGUUACCUGCGCGCAACAACCCCGUCGCCUUAGCCGCUGCGUUUCCAAUACUAAAACUCGAACAUAUUCCAAAUGUGUGCAUUGCAUGAGCAACAAUACCGCUCCGCGUUGUAAUUUGCCAAACUCUAAACCGUGUUAAUAAGCGAAAGCAUCCGCAGCAACAUUUAAUUCUCGGCGAUUGUUUGAGGCGCGCGUCUUCUAAUUCUCAUUUUUUCUCUCGCAUUUUUGUUUGUUUAUUGCAAACGGAUAGCAGUUAAAGUUGCUCCCUGUUGGUGCUGUUGUUUGUUUGUUUUCUUUGUUGUUGGAGUUGCAACAAUUCGCAGCACGCUGGAGAAACAAAAUAAACGCUCCCAGCUCAUACGCGACAAAAUGGUGUUGGCCGAGCGCAACACCGGUGACAUAGUCCGCAAUGGCCGCCGCUCACGUGGACCCAGCCCCAAUACACAUCAAAGUGGUGGUGGCAGCGCUGCCACUGCUGCCGCGGCCGCUGCCGCUGGUCAUGCCCACAAUGCAGGCGGCCUGGGAGUAGGUGGCAACUCUGUGAAUACAGGCACAGCCAAUGAAAAGGCUGCAGCUGCUGUCACAGGAGCCGGCACGCCCGAGAGCUCCGAUGAUGAUAACUCCACCAAACGUAAUGGCAAAUCCAAGGCGAAGCAAUCAGAAUACGAAGAGAAAAUUCGCGUCGGACGCGACUAUCAGGCUGUGUGUCCACAGCUCGUGCCUGAACUGGAUCGUCGCCCAGAGUUAAUGAAUGAACGCGCGCUGUUAGUUUGGUCGCCCACAAAGGAAAUACCCGACAUGAAGCUUGAGGAAUACAUUUCGGUGGCCAAGGACAAGUAUGGCUAUAAUGGGGAACAGGCUUUGGGCAUGUUGUUCUGGCAUAAACACGAUUUGGAGCGCGCUGUCAUGGAUUUGGCCAACUUUACGCCUUUUCCCGAUGAAUGGACCAUGGAGGAUAAAGUCCUGUUCGAGCAAGCCUUUCAAUUUCAUGGCAAAAGCUUUCAUCGCAUACGCCAAAUGCUGCCAGAUAAAUCGAUUGCCAGUUUGGUCAAGUAUUAUUAUUCGUGGAAGAAGACGCGACAUCGCAGCAGUGCAAUGGAUCGGCAGGAGAAAAUGAUUAAAGCCGCUGUCAAGGAUGGCUCUGAGAAUGGAAGCGAGCUUGGCAGCAAUGAGGAAUCGGAUAACGAUAACGAUAAGAGGGCGCAUAACAACAAUGGUGGCUUGCCUGGAAGCAAUGGAAGUGCCAACAGCAGCAAUGCAAAUGGGGAUAACGGAAAUAACAAUGGCGGUAGCAGCGGCAGUGGCGUUGGCGCAGGCAGUGGCAGUAAUACCAAUAACAGCAACAACAACAGCAGCAGUAACAACAGCAUUGAACUGGAUGCCGAACAGCUGUACAUCUCUACGCAUGCCUUGGGCGAUGAUAUGCUCGGCUUUGCCCUUCCUGGCUUUGGUCUGACCAGCGACAAUGGCAUCGAGUUCGAUAACGAUAACCACAAUCACAAUUCUGGCAGCACUGGCAACAGCAACGGCAGCGCCCGACGUGUCGUGGGCGGUUUUUGCAAAAAUUGCAACGUUGUCUGCUACAUAUUGUUCGAUUCGCCAUUGGGUCGCAUGUGCAAAAGUUGUCACACGCACUGGAGACGCACUGGGGACCGACGUCCCAUCUCUGGUCCGGAUAGCAUUGCAUCCUCGAAACGUUCCACACACAACAACAACAACAAUACAAAUAAUAAUAACAAUAAUAAUAAUAAUAGCAAUAACAAUAACAACAACAAUAAUAGCAGUAACAGCAACAAUAACAACAGCAGCAGCGCCACAGCGGCAGAUCGUUCCAAGCGUAAACCGCCACGUGGCAUGUAUAUCAAUCACGAUGAUCUCACCGCCCUGGCCGGCUGCAAAAAUCCGUGCGAAUAUUUAGCCGAAGGCGAUCGCAAAAUAGCCGCCCUAAUGGCCGAAAUACAAAAGAAUAGGCAACUAUUGGAACAGCUGGAAAAGGACUGCACGACGCCAACAGCAGCAGCAGCAGCCGCAGCAGCAGCAGCAGCAGCAACAACUGCGCAGCCAGCGCGCAUUUCACCACGUUGGACAAUUGAUGAGAAUAAAGUCGUUUUGCUUGCAUUGCGUGACUAUGGCAAAAACUUUCAGAUGAUUGCCAAGGUGGUUGGCACCAAGACGGAGGCGCAUGUGCGCAGCUACUAUGUUACCAAUCGACGACGCUACAAUCUAGAUGAGAUCGUUAAGGAAUACGAAGCCAAGGCUGAGGAGGCACUGCUCGAGGAGCAGGGCACAGAGGCGGCAGCAACAGCAACCGCGGCAGCAACGGCAGCAGGAGCCACUGCUGCAACUGCGGCUACAGCAGCAACCGCUGCCAACACCUCCAGUGAACCGAGCGAGGAACAGCCGCUAUCGAAAAAAGAUGAGCCAGCUAAAAAGAAGUCGGACGUGAGCACUGACAGCAGCUCGACAACAGCAGCAACUGCCAGCACAGCUGUAGCUGCCGCAGCGGCAACAGCUGUGGCAGCAACUGGCUCUGCCGCUGGUGCUGCUGCUGCUGCUGUUACUAAAGCAACGCCCACUAUAACAAUUGUCGACGAAUCGGAUACGGCGACCAGCUCCUCGGGCAGCGAUGCAGUUCAAAUUGUUGCCAAUUCUGUCUCCACCUCAACGCUCUCAAGCAACAGCAGCAGCAACAACAACAACAACAGCAGCAAUAGCAACAGCAACAACAAUAGCAGCAGCAACAGCAGCAGCGCCGCGCCCGCCAAAACAGCGACCAACAACAAUCACAACGAAUUAGCUGACAGCGAGGACUCGUCCCUAACGCUCAAACCAAGUCACGUUCCAUCCGCUAAACGUGAAAAUUCCGAAUUGAACACUGCCGAUUUGCCGCCAGUCAAGAAAAUUGCGCUCGCCGUCGAGUUCCUGGCUAAGUGAGAGCCACGCCCAUAUACAAAAAAGAGAAAGAAACGCGCCCCGCGUUGGAUGGCUGCAAAUAACUGAUGCCUGUUUAAAAGCCGACACAUAUAGACAUAGAUAUAUAUAUAUAUAAAUAUAUAUGUAUAUG